AUGCAGGAGCUGGAUCUCGGUGACACCAGCUUCAUACACCGAGACUCCAAUGUCGGUCUACACACUAAGACGACAGUCCAUAUUUCAGGCGAGUGGCAGUCACAAAAUAGUUUGCUUCCAUGGUGCCCGCGAUCCAAACGUCUUCUUUGCCUUUUCCGCAUCUGUUUUGAUCUUAGUUUGAACUUGACGCUUAUCACAUCUGGUCGUAACGAUUUCGUCAGAUUCAUUGCAGACUGGGUUGCUGGAGCUGAGCUGUGGAAACAGCUUGGAUACGAUACCUCCUGUGUGCAAUACGACAAUGAGCAGACUUUGGUUUCUACCAGGGCUUUCAGCUUCCAACUCGAGUUGAAGUCCUUCAAUGACGACGGCCAAUCCGCUACCUGUCCGGAAACGAUUUCGCCUGUGUCGAUCCAGCGAUUUGAACUUACAUUGCACUUUACCCACCAGGACAGUGUAGAUGUUCUUCCGGCAAGUCAAGAAAAGUCCCGGGCCAGACGGCAGCAUUCUUCGUUUUCCCUGGACAACGAAACGAACAAAUCUUCCUCCGGUGAACCAGAUCGUGAAAAGAGACAUCAAACAUCUCAAGGUAAUUGUCACCCUGUUAUUUCCGAGCUUGUUACUACGUUUGAUGAGGUCCGCCUAAAAAACAAGUCCCCAUCCACAUCGUUGCUGGAUGGACAAGCCUUCCUGAUGUUGCUCGAUAUGGGGAUCCGCAGCAGCAUCUCUUCGCGGCUCAUCAGACCUCCUGCAGGUUUCAGGCGUGUUACUGAGCUGGAAUCGACUCCAUUGGCUGCCAUAUUCCCAUCCUGCUUUGCUCAACAAUAUGCUCAAAGGUUUGACGAGCAGUGUCGCUUCAUUCCAGCCAUAACAAGGUGGCUAGCCCCCUUCUCUGUACAGACAAAGGUUCCUGUUGAUGGCGCGGUCAGCGCCCAAGUACACAAGAGUCUUUGGCUGACCCUUGCUCAUGGACUUCGGGACCGCAAUGGUGAGCGUAUCUUGCGAUCGCUAUGUUCCUCUCGGGCAUACGAGGAUUUUAUGCUAGACUCAGGCAAUCAAAAUGCGAGAGAUUACGGUUUGAUGUUGCAAGACGAUGCAUCAUGUAACAACAAUCUAGAAGACUUUCCUGAAACAGAAUUAGGCUAUGAGGACGAUACAAGUGGUAACCUCUUCGAUAUUGAGGCAACAGUCAACCAACCGGCUAAUUACUAUGCAAAUUACAACCCUGGAGUCACAUCAAGAGGUGUCAACGAUCAGGAGCGUGCAACUACGUCGGAAUCCUUUGAGACCUGGGGGUACAGGUACAUGCCCUUUAACGUUCACAAGCCUGUUAGCCAAGCCGACCACCCAGGUGACUUGCCCUGCCCACGUAGACAUAGUGCAGAUAACACAUCGCAGAUGAGUGAUGCUUCGAUGCUUACGGCUUCCCAUGAACCUAUGGCGAACAAGCUCGAACCCCAAGAGUCAGACUUUAUUGGUCGGUCUGAUUGGCUUACUCAGAAUAUCAUCCGCAUGCAUCCGCUGAUGCAGCAUGAGCAGGAUCCUGAUUUGUUCGAGGUGGUUGACUGUCAUGGAAGAAGACAUGGGAUAAAUGAGCCAGACCACCACGGUUGGCCAGAAGGCGAAUCCCGGGCUCUGACAGUCGGUAAGAAGGAAGAGUGUGUUCCUCAAUAUACAUGCUGCCAACACACCUAUCUCAACGCUCAAACAACUCCGCCCCGAGGACAUUGCGACUCACGACACAGUUCAAACGAAAACAUUGCUACUCAAGAAUCGACAGUAUCCAUGUCUGGUGAUCUGAAGCAGAGCUCCUCAAACACCUCACUGGCCGACGCACUUGGGGACGAUCAUCUGCUGUGGCACAUGUGGAAGAGAAGGGCCAGUGUCGUCCCACGAGGAGAGGAGGACGUACUCGAGAUGAAGAUGAUGUUUCAAACAGACCCAGACAUGAAGCUCUUUGGCCAUGAAUGGAGCCUUGAUCCAGACCCUAGCCCAGCUGACAAGAAUAAUGGUUUCACGUCACACGAAGGCGCCAAGGGUCUUCGACAGUCACAAGGGCAACGCAAUAAAACAACAACUCCAAUGUCAGACAAGCGAUCAUAUUCCUCGGCCUCUGAUUCAUCGUCGUCAUCCCUCUCGUAUGUUGGACGGUCAAGCUCAGAGCCCAAGCCACAACGACGAGGGAGCCUUAUCAAGCGAUUUUCAUGGGGAGGGAGACACCAUACACCAGAUAUGAGCAGACUAGACGUGACGAAGCUGAAUGAUCGGACAAUGGAAGUCAAAAGAAGGAAGACACUGGACGACUAUGAGGUGAUGAAUAACGAAUCCUUAGACGAUGAUUCGAACGACAUGCUCUUUUGAGGAAUUUGCAAACAACAGAGUGACGGCGUUUUUGACAUAUAUUGGGAAGUUUCAAACCUGGGAGUCAGCGAUUUUGGCUGGUAUUUGUGUCACGAUGAGAAGUAUAUAUCAAUGGUAGAGAUGCCGGAUGCUCAAACGUACAUGUAUGUACCUGUCAUACAUCAUGAAAAAGAAAACAUUGCAGGGACAGGCGUUGAAAGGCACAUAUGGGAGGAUGAUUGCUG